UUUAGCCAAACCAUGAUACCCUCACCACCAACACCAACAUUAUUAUCAAACUCUCCAUAUAUCCAUGGUUCUCAUGUAGUACCCCAAUAUUCCCCCCAAUUACAAAAUACUUUAAAUUUUUAUAACACCCCACAACAAAACUCACAAAACAGCAACAAUAAUCAACAAACACCUAAUCUUUAUAAUGAAAAAAUUAAUAACUUUAACAAUUUCAACAAUUCAAAUAACAAUGCAAUGGUACCACCAUCAAUAAAUAAUUUAAAUAAUAAUAAUAGCAAUAAUAAUUUAAAUAUAAAUAACAAUAAUAAUAGUAAUAGUAGUAGCAAUAAUUCAUUUCAACAAAACAAUUUUAUAAAUAGUAGUAGUGAUUCGAUUUAUGGUGGAUUAACAUCUUCAGUUUCCUCAACAACUUCAACAACAGGAUUUGGAUAUAAUGGAAUUGAAUCACCACCAACAAUGGAUAUAAUGGAUGAUGAUAUUGAAGAUCAAUUAAGAGAAUAUAUCGCACCAGUUAUAUGGGGAAUGAUGGAUAACUAUGGAAGAGAACAAUUUUAUAAUGCAAUUGUAGAAUUUAUAAAUGAAGAAAUAUCAUUUAGAAGUUUAUUGUUAGAGUUAAGAGUUAUUGCUGUUAUGGAUGUAAAUUAUAAAUCGAUUUUUCAAUUUUUAGUCGAUUUAUUUUUAUCGAUAGAACCAAACCAUAAAAUGGUAAAUUAUUUAAGAGACAAUGGUGUCGAAGAAAAUGAAUUUAAUAUCGAUUUGAAAUCAUUAGAAUUAACCAACGACGAUCAAAAUCAAAAAAAGAAAAGAGAGAGAAUCAGAAAGAGUGUAAGCAGAGGUUUAAGAAACCCACCAAACAAAUGGUCCAAAGAAGAAAGUCAAAAACUAAUUCAAUUAGUUCACGAGCAUGGUGAUAAGCAAUGGAAAAAGAUUGCACAUCAAAUAGGUGGAGGUAAAACAGGUGCACAGUGUGCUCAACAUUGGAAACGUGUAUUAUGCCCUGCCAUUAGAAAGGGUUCUUGGGAUGAAGAUGAAGAAUCAAAACUAUUUAGCUUAGUUGAAAAGCAUGGUCAAAGUUGGAAAAAUGUUGCAAGUGAAAUUCGUACCCGUACUGAUAUCCAAUGUCGUUACCAAUACUUUAAAUCAUGUAUGUCAAGAGAGGUUCAAUGGUCUGCAAGAGAAGAUGAAAUAUUACAAAAGAAAGUUUCCGAAAAUAAUCAAGAUGGUAGAGAAAUAUCUUGGAUGGAUGUAUCAAAGGCAAUGGCAAGAGGUAGACAAACCAAAAUACCAAGAACCGCUUUAGAAUGUAAAACCCGUUGGCAUCAAAUUAAUUUUGGUGGCCCUGCUAUAUCGACUCCACAUAUUGACAUCUCGCAAUCACCAUCAUUAAACGCACUAUUACAAUCUGAUUCAAAUUGUUAUUAA